GGGAGCCGGUUUCCUCCCCGUCCCGCUAACGGCACGGCGACAGCUGCGGAGGCCCGGAAUGAGCCUCUCGGCCGGUGCCCGCCCCAACCCAGGCGGCCGCCCACCCCCUUUCCCGGAGCCACCUCAUUUUCCCUUUUUUUCAGCGACAUCCGAAUGGAUUCAGUUUUUCAAGGAAGCCGGGAUCCCCCCAGGCCCUGCCGUCAACUAUGCCGUUAUGUUUGUGGAUAACAGGAUCCAAAAGAACAUGUUGAUGGAUCUGAACAAGGAGAUCAUGAAUGAACUGGGCAUCACAGUGGUGGGAGACAUCAUCGCCAUCCUCAAACAUGCCAAAGUCGUGUACAGGCAGGAGAUGUGCAAGGCAGCUACCGAAUUGCUCUGCCCCAGCUCCCCCGACGUUCAAGCCGAGCUGCGCCGCAAUGCCAAUAGCGCCGCCAGCCGGAUGAUCGCCAACAGCCUGAGCAGAGACUCGCCUCCCGCCGCCCCGCGCCCACAGCGGCCCCACGCCUCCACGAUCUCCGUCACCGUCUCCAACAAAAUGGCCACCGCGAAGGCAGGAUUAUGCGACACAGCAGAAGAUCGUCCAAUGAUCCCGGUAAAACGCCGCCGGGUGACGGCGGAAAUGGAAGGGAAAUAUAUCAUCAACAUGCCCAGGGGCACCACGCCAAGGACGAAGAAAAUCCUGGAACAGCAAGCGGCCAAAGGGAAACCUCCAAAAACCCACGUUUUCCUGAAAACUGCAGGUCUGCAGAGGACAUCUGUCUUCGACCGGCUGGGAGCUGAGGUGAAAGCAGCCACGGCCACAGGAGGGAAGCCUACGGGGGUCUUCAGCAGACUGGGCGAUGCCUUGGGGACCGAUGGGGACAAAGCCACCGAGAGCGAUGACGACGGCUCCGUGCUCCAGUACGCUGGCGUCCUAAAAAAACUCGCCAAACCUCCCCCUAAGGAAAGCUCUGAGCCGGAAAGCACCGUCAAGGCGAAAGCCACCAGUUCGGAAGCCAAACAGGUCCCAGUCACCGCAGCCACCCAGCGACCAGGUCGCAGGAACACCGCCGGUAGCCGUACGGCAACAAAACCGUCACUGGCGGCGUCUAAAAUCGGCGGCGUCAGCGUCGUGGCAGUGCCGGUCGAAGCGCAGGAUGGUGACGUCACCAGCACGAAGGAUCAAAGCGAACCCGAAUUUCGGGUGACAAUCAAAAGGACUUGGGGGUGCGGGAAGGUGAGCAGCACCAGCGAGAGCCCCGGCGCUCAGAUGGACAGUGCCGGCACCAUCAGCGUCUUCAAACGGCUGGGGAGGAAACCAGAUUGAUCGCGUGGAGCUUCUUCCCUCACGGUUUUCCAUUUGUCCCGUCCCCUCCUGACGGUCACCUGCUGCCCCUCCAUCCUGUUUAUUCACCCUCGAGAGCCGGCAGAGCCUCAUCUUGCCUUCCUCCUUGCUAAUCCCGUGAGAAAAGGCGUAAUCCCGCAGGGAAACGUUAAUCCCACAGGAAAAAAAGCGGAGGGAAGAGGGGAAAAACCGUUCCUGCCAGAUAUCUUGCCUGCCAGGUAUCCCUGCCUGCAAAACUGUCAGGCGUGAGGCCAAAUUGUUGCUCUCAAUCUACCAGCACCAAAACAUCUGGGUUUUUUCCUCCCUAGUUUUUCCAUUCUCUGCAGGUUCUUUCCUGUAUUUAGGAAUUAAGGACUCCAUACAGAGGGGAUUUUUCCCUCUUUUUUUCUGGGUUUUUAUCCACUUCUGCAGGGUUUUUCUUCCAGCGUUUAGGAAUUUACACCAAAAUGAUUCCGUAAAUAAUAAUGGCAGAGUGCUGGCUUGCUGCAGGGAUUCUUAAUUUUUAAGAAUUUCAGAACACCCUCCAAAAAAAAAACCAUAAACCAAACUUCAAAAACUUCCCAAAAACUUAGGGGCUCAAAAAAAAAAUCCCCAAACUGCCUCACUUUAAGUGACACCUUCACCGCUCGCAGUUUUAGGCUUGAGCUCAGCUCCCCCUAAACCUAAGAUGUCCACUGUGGGGUUUUGCCAAAAUUAUUUGUUUCCCCCAAAAUUUAUUUCCAGUUACGUCAGCAGUGGUGUCUUAACCCUGCACCUCUCCAGCAUUGCUGCAAACCCCCAAAAGAUAUUUUUCUCCCCAAAACCAAGACAAUGGGGGUGGAGGCAGCUGUGUGGUAAGUCACAGCCCUACCAGUGAGUCUUUUUAGUAAGAAAACCCACUGGUUUCUUUAUUUUACCCUGGUUUGGAAGAUUUUUUUUUUUUUUGCACUUUGGCUGAUGUUUGGCGUGUGAAAAUGAGUGGGUUUUCCUAGUUUUUGGCUUUCUACAUCACCCGCAGGGGAGCUUUUUGCAAUAAAGCGUAGA